AUGAGUGAUAAAAAGUUGGAAGUAUUGGUCUAUGGCCUGGGGGCCAUUGGCUCUUUCUACGCUUUCGUACUCAGUCGUGGAGAGCAUGUUCGCUUGACAGUCGUUGCACGAUCGAACUAUGAGGCUGUUGCUGCGAAUGGUAUUAGCAUUGACAGUGAGAACCAUGGAAAACACCAUGUGAAACCUGAUAGUGUCCUGAGACAAGUCAAGGAUGCGAACCAGGCGUUUGACUUCAUCGUCUGUACGAACAAGGCAGUCGACCAGGCUAGUACAGCUGCGGAUAUAGCUCCUGGCGUUGGGGACAAUACCACGAUUGUGAUCAUCCAAAACGGUGUGGGCAAUGAAGAUGCUUUUCGAGAGCGUUUUCCCAGUGCAACUAUUAUUUCCUGCGUAACAUGGGUAGGAGCACGACAGCCAGAACCUGGUAUCGUGCACCACACAACAUCCGAAGACAUGCAAAUCGGUCUUUAUCCCAACAAACCCACCUCCACAACGACGGACGAAGAACACCUCUCCCAAUUCGAAUCCCUCCUGUCAAUCGGCAAAACCAUCUUCCAAAUCGUCCCCUCGAUCCAAGUCCAGCGCUGGGAAAAAGUAGUCUGGAACGCAGCAUGGAACAGUCUCACAGCACUAACACUCCUGGACACACACACUUGGCUAACUUCAUCUGACCUCUCGACACCAAUGACACGACGGCUUAUGAAGGAGGUGAUUGAUGUAGCUAAUGCUUUGGAUGUGCCGCUCAAGUAUGAUCUUAUUGAUCGGUUGAUGGAUAAGAUCUGGAGUAUGCAGCCUAUUGGGAGUAGUAUGAGGACGGAUUGUGAGAAUGGGAAGCCGAUGGAGGUGGAAGUCAUUUUGGGAUAUCCUGUUCGGAAGGGGAGGGAGUUGGGGGUUGAUGUUGCGACUAUCGAGACGCUUUAUGCUGUUUUGCUGGGAGUUAACAAAAGGUUGAUGAGCGCGAAGGAGAAAUAG